GGCCGUAUGUGGUGUUGGGAGGAACUGAGCGCUGCUAAAGCAGAGCCUCUGGCUUCAGUUACCCGUCGCUGGCUGAAACGGUGGAGCGCCUCCUAGGCGGUGGGUGCAGCGAGGGUGCCCGCGCCUCAGGGGCCGUGAGUGAGGAGCGCGAGACCUCGGCGACGCAGCUUCUAGCAACCACUUAUUUAUCUUGUGUCUCUGGAUUUGCCUACGAACAGAAUCAUGUAAUCUGAUCUCCAUGUUUUACUUCUUUUACCUAACAUACUGUGUCCAAGGUUUCUCCACGAUAGAACAUGAGAGUCAUUGAAGUUGAUCCCUUUUUCAUGUUUAUUGGCCACCUCUUAACUUGGAGAAAUACCAAAAUCUUUGCCCAUUUGGAUAUGGUUUGUUCAAUUCAAAAUAUGAAUGUAAAAUAGUCAAGUAAGCUAUUACAAAUACGUAUUGCUAAAAAUGUUAGUUUUUAUAAAUGUUCUCAUUUUUAUAAAUGUUCUGAAUGAAAAUGUCAUCAUUUUUUUCUAUUACAGCUAGUUCAGAUUGCAAAGGUAAUUGAUAAGAUCAGGCAAGCAUGAGUAGUUAAGAAAAAGUUGAGUUAAGAGCAGUAAGUAUGACUCGCCCUGCUAUAUAUUUUAAUCUUUUAAAACUAAAAUUACAUGGUAUCAAUACAGGAAUACAUUGGCCAAUGGAAGAGAAUAGAAAACAUAGAAACACACCAAAUUAUACAUGGCAAUUAGCAUUUUAAUGAAGGGAGCAGUCUAAUGGUAGUGGGAAAAAUAAAAAAAAUUAAAAUAUGUAUUUAAUUUAUUUAUUAAUUUACAAGGGUGUGUGUGUGUCUGUGUGUAAGCUUCAAGUAUGGAGGUAAAAAUAUGAACUGCCUCACAAACUUUCAUAUCAUUUCUACAUAAGGGCCAUCCUGAUCUCCGUGUCACUCUAGUUUUAACACAUGUGCUGCUGAAGUAAGCACAUGGAAUUUUGAAUAUGCGGUGUUUGUGGUACUGGGAUAAUCAACUUGGCAAAGAUAUGUUUGGACACAUUUUUCAUACCAUAUGCCAGGGUGUGCAUACAAAAAAUUAACAUACCAAUUAAAAUAACAUGAAAAAAGGGUAAAUUAUUUAUGACCUAGACAUGGAGAAACUAUUAUGAUUUAAUCUAGCUGUAAAAAUGAAAAUCAUAGAUAUAAGUACAUAUGUAGGUAUAUAGUUAAUAUGUUUAUAUAUCCAAAGUGCUUCAGAAUCUGACACUUCAGUGUUAAUAUAAUGCUAUAAGUAGAAAUUUUCAUACCAUAGAACUUUGUUUCCUGUCCAAAAUUACUUUUGGAUAUAUAAGGUGUAUAUGAAAAAAAUUAUACUUAGAUCUGGUUUCUUUCCUAUGCAUCUCAUUAUUUUUGUGUAAAUAUUGCAAGAUCCAAAAUCUGAGACACUUCUGAUCUCAAGCAUUUUAGACAAUAGUUACUUAAUUUGCAUAUAUGUAUGUAGUAUUUUUGUAUAUAGAGAUAUAUAUGCAUAUUUGGUGUUUGUUGCAGAGGAUCAAAUCUUGGACUUUGCACAUUCUAGGUUGAUAUCAAAAUUGGAAAUUUUCUAGUUAUUAGAAAUCGAAAGUAUGGCAGCAGAAUUUAUAAAGAGUUGUUGUAGAGGAUGUUUCUAUGGUGAAACGGAAAAGCACAAGUUUUCUGUGGAAAAAGAGUUUAAAGCAUCAGCCUCAAAUAGCCAAAACACCAUCGGUAUAACUCAAUUGACUUCUGUUUUAGCAAAGCCCCAAGUUGGCUGUAAUGAGGAUUACUUGCUUUCCAAAUUACCAUGUGAUGGUAAAGAAGUACAAUUUGUGGUGCCCAGGUUUAAAUUAUCUUAUAUUCAGCCUAGGACACAAGGAACUCCUUCACAUCUGGAUGAACUGGAAGGAUCUGCCAGAGCAUCUUUUGGAGAUCAAAAGACAGAACUUUGUAGUUCAUUCUACCAUGGAUCCAUCUAUGAUGUGUAUAAUCCAUGCUAUAUGUAUCAACACUUUUCACCUGAUUUAAGUAGGCGCUUUCUUCCUCAUUGUGAAACGAAAACGUUAUAUGGAUCUGUUUGUGAUUUAAGGACCAGUAAACUUCCUGGUUCUCCUGGGCUAAGCAAAUCUAUGCUAGAUCUUACAACUUCAUCUCAGCGAUUCAUCCAGAGACAUGACUCAUUUUCCAGUGUGCCUAGUAGUUCUUCUUCAAGAAAAAAUUCUCAGGGCAGUAACAGAAGCCUGGAUACAAUUACCCUGUCAGGAGAUGAACGAGACUUGGGGAGAUUGAAUGUGAAAUUGUUUUAUAAUUCUUCAGCAGAGCAGAUUUGGAUCACAAUUUUGCAGUGCAGAGAUAUAAGUUGGCCCUCUAGUUAUGGAGAUACUCCUACAAUUUCUAUAAAAGGAAUUUUAACAUUAUCCAAACCAAUACAUUUCAAAUCUUCAGCCAAAGAAGGUUCCAAUGCUAUUGACUUUAUGGAAACGUUUGUAUUUGCUAUCAAACUACAAAAUCUACAAGCUGUGAGACUUGCAUUUAAGAUUCAAACUCAAACUCCCAAGAAGAAAACCAUUGGAGAAUGUUCUCUUUCACUCAGAACUCUUAGUACCCAGGAAAUGGAUUACUCAUUGGAAAUAAUACCACCUUCAAAAUUUUCUGUUUGCCAAGCAGAACUUGAACUGGGGACUUGUUUUCAAGCAGUAAAUAGCAGGAUUCAGCUGCAAAUCCUCGAGGCACAAUACCUUCCAAGUUCAUCAACACCUCUGGCUUUGAGUUUUUUUGUGAAGGUAGGGAUGUUUAGCUCAGGAGAGCUGAUUUAUAAGAAGAAGACACGCUUACUGAAGGCCUCCAGUGGAAGAGUAAAAUGGGGAGAAACUAUGAUUUUUCCACUCAUACAGACUGAAAAAGAAAUUGUUUUCCUUAUUAAACUUUACAGUCGGAGCUCUGUAAGAAGAAAACAUUUUGUAGGCCAGCUCUGGAUAAGUGAAGACAGUAAUAACGUUGAAGCAGUGAACCAAUGGAAAGAGACAGUUACAAAUCCAGAAAAGGUUGUUAUCAAGUGGCACAAGUUAAAUCCAUCUUGAAAACUUCGGACAUUAAUUUAGUGAAGAGACAGCUUGAUGAUCUUUUAGAAGAAACAAAUUUCUAAAACUUGCAAUGAGUUUUACCAGGUAUACAAAGUGAAUGAAAUGUUUUAAAAUGGUGCCAAAAUAUGAUAAAAUAAAAGGGUAAUAGUAGUAGGUCAAUGUAAUGGAUUAUAAAAUCUAUAAAAAUAUGAAUCAUAGAUAGAUAUUUCUAUAUUUGUUUUGCUUUUGUUUUUAAGAUACUCAAAUCACAUCAGUCUAGACAUCAGUCUUUUUAAAAGUACUAUUAGAUAUUUACAAGACUUUACUACUUUUCCAGUGCUAGACAUGAUUAAUUAGAUUUGGUUACACUGUUUAUAUCUUUAUAUGUAUUCUUCUCACAUCAAAAAUGAAUAGAAACAUCCCAUUAAUUUUUUCCUAUAUUUGAGGAAAAUUGAUAGCCUUACUUCUUUUUAUCUGUAAACUAUUGCAUGGUCAUUUUAUAAGCUGCUUAUUUCCUGGAGAAUUAGAGAAUUAUCUAGAUUUUUUAAAGAGUAAACAAAGCUUGGAGCUAGCAGGAUUGCCUGGUGCGUAAAGGAGCUUGUCAGCACACUGACAAUUUGAGUUCCAUCCCUGUAAUGCAACAUGAUGGAAGGAAAGAACCAAUUUGUCCAUAUUGUUCACUGUCAUUAACAUGUAUGCCAUCACACACACAAAAUAAAUAAAUAAAUAACUUAAAAGAGAUUAAAUAAAGGUAAACUGAAGAUCAAAAUAUA